AUGCAGCUCUCUUUGACUCUUCCAUGCUUCUCUGGAACACUCCUUUUACUGGUAGUGUCGAACUUGCUGCUUUGGGAGCAUGUGACCUCAUCACCAAAUUCCCAGGUGUCCACUGAAAGCCUGUACCAAAGUGUGGUUGAACUGUCACACUACACCUAUGAUCUUGCUUCAAAAGUGUUCAUUGAAUUUAAUAUGAAGUUUGGUAGGAGAACUUGGACACAGAACCUGAUGUUAAACAACUGCCACACUGCCUCUAUCUUCACUCCAGAAAACAGCGAACAAGUCCAUGAGACAAAAUCAGAAGAUCUCCUGAAAGUGACCAUCAGUAUUUUACAAGCCUGGGAGGAGCCUCUGAAGCACAUGGUGGCUGCAAUGGCUGCUCUUCCAGAUGCAUCUGAUGUUAUGCUGUCAAGGACAAAAGAGUUGGAGGAAAGAGUUCUAGGCCUUCUGGAGGGACUGAAGAUCACAAUCAGCAGGGUUCAACCUGGAGCUGUUGAAAAUGACUGUACUUCCUGGUAUGGAUGGUCAGAUUUGCAGUCAUCUGAUGAAGCUACUCGCUAUUUUGCUCUUAGUAACUUGUACCAAUGUGUGCGCAGGGAUACACACAAGGUUGACAAUUAUCUCAAGGUCUUGAAGUGCAGAGAUAUUCAUAACAACAACUGCUAAACUCACAUCCAUGUUUUCUGUCACAG